UGUUAUUUAUUUAUUGUAUUGUUAAAUUGGUGCAUGUUAUUUAAUUAAAUUGUUAAAAUGAUUUAAAAAUUAAUAGUUACAAAAGUGUUUACCCGACUUUCUACCCGAUUAAUCGGGUAGGAAGUCGGGUAGGAAUACCACACUUGAUUGGGUAGAUUAGGCCAAAAAAAAAUUCUUUCACAAAAUAUCGGGUAGGAAUACAGAAGAGCAUAUUUUCUACCGGUAGAGUAGGGUGAACACCCCUAUAUCUGACUUUCUCAAUUUCACGUAAGUUCUUUUUCUCUCUCCAACCCUUCCUCGAAAUAAGGGUUUGUUUAUCGAGCUCAUUUCCUCCUUUCCAGGGUUUGUUUAUUUGUUAUAUGAUACACAUAUCUUAAUUUGCUCUCACUUAUCUAUAUCUAUAGUAUCUGAUUAGUCUUUAAUUUGUUUGAUCUGGAUAAUUGAAAGUCGUGGGUGUUUUUAUCCUCUUUUGGCUGGGUAUGUUCUUGUUUGUAUUAUUGGUUAACUAGAUUUGAUGUUUUGGGGAAUUUGUGACCUUGAAAUGUCCUUUUUUUUUUUAAUUAUUUAUCCUUUUUAAUCUCGAUGUUCUUGUUUGUUAUAUUAAUCGAUUUUGAUGAUCAUUGUAAAUAUUGCCUAUCAAAUGUUUGGGCUGAUGUGUGCUGCCAAGACGACCCUGGAUUCAUUUUAGCUAGUUUAGAAUAUGCACCCACACACAUGAUCAUCAGUAAUCAGUAAGCUUGGUUCGUUAUAUGACACCCACACACACAUCUAGAAGUUAAAUAUACACUCACUUCUCUAUAUUUAUAGUAUCUGUUUAAUAUUUGAUUUGUUUGAUGUGGUUGAUCUGGAUAAUCGAAAGUCGUGGGCAUUAUUCUCAUUUGGUCGAUUGUUUGGUUUAUUUAUUGAUAAGAUGUAAUUUAUUGGGACAUUUGGGAUCUUGAUAAGUCCUUUUUCCUUCAUUUUUUACCUUGAUUAUCUUGUUUGUUAUAGUAAUGACAUUGCUUGUCUAAUAUUUGAGCUCGUGCUUUGCCAAGCUGAGCCUGGAUUCAUAUUUUUUGGCUUUGAAUUCCUGUAAAGAUCAGAUUCAAGCUGGUUUAGAUUUAUGAGUUUUGAUUGAGCUAGGUUGGGUCCGUCAAUAAUUUAACAAGCAUGAAUUAAUUUGUAGGCGUAGAUAAAUGAUAUAUAGGUAAAAGUUUGGGCUAUCAAGCAUGAGUUGGGACUUGAGUCAAGAAGAAUCUGCUUUGCUCAAAUAAACUAGAUGUUGGGUCUGUACCCUGCCCACCCUUCCCAACACAUGACUUUUUUAUACCAAGAAAUGCAUAUUAAACCACAGUACAAGAGUAUGCGAGUUUGUAUCUUUGCAUGUGUGUUGAUAAUCCGAUUUAAAAGUGUAAAAAUAUACGUAAGAAAAUUUGAAUGAAAAAUGGCUAGAGAAUCUCGAGCACUGGCUCACCAUUUGUUUUAACUUAGAAUAAAAGAAGCUAAGAAGGAUGUUGCCUUCUAGCUAAAAUCGAGGCUUCACAAAGAGGCACACAUUCAAUUAGGCAUCACAUACGUACUUGUGUUAAUACUCAAUGAAUAGUGAUAGGGAUCAAGACUUUUUCCAAGAACAUGUGCUUGGAAGAGGAGUAUGAAGGAAAACCUCCAUAUGGGCUCCACCAAUUAACCAUCAAGUCUCGCACUCAAUGUCAUGUGACCAGGGCCUAUAAUUAGAUGGGGUUAUAUGAACACGUAUUAUUGUGGCCCCUAUGAGCUGGGAAAUUCAGACUUCACACAAUCAGAAAGGGUACAACACUAGAUAUUUUCUGUAUAGUGUGAGUUUCGCUUCUAUAUAAACAAGUCUUUGAUAGUUUCUAAAUUGUGUUACUUUUGCUUCUAUAUAAACAAGCUUUUGCCAUACAUUCAAGGUAUGUUGAGGAGUAAAACUUUCUGUAUAUUUCUACUUCUUUUGAUGGUGACACUCCGUUGAAAUCUUAUAGCUGAGACUCCUAGAUGGCCAUAGUGAGAGACUGUGUUUUUAUUCUCUUUUCCUUCUAGUUCUUCUGUUCUAUUUACUGUGAGGGAUCAGAUCCAAAUUACCCCUUCAGCCUUGAUGUUGAGCACUAUUUCUUGUCUGUGAAUCUAAUUCCAUCCUCCACUACCGCUACAGCCGUAUCCAUUGAUUUUCUAUUGCUGUCUAGAAAUUCCUGCUACCCAUAAGGAUCAGGUUCACACGAAAAUUAAACGUCAUCUAAUUAAACCUAGUCUGUUCUUAAACCCAAUUCUGACCAUUUUACAACUAAGGCCCUAGCACGUAGUAUUGAUUACAGGACAGCCUUAAUUCCUUUGUUUUAGGUUUUGUCCGCCUUAAAUAGUUCAGAUAUUGUUUGGGGAAAAAUCGUGUAGCCCGAAAGACCUGCUCAAAUAAAGGUAAAAGGCACGCUUGAUUGUCCUAAUAGAGCAUGGAUAUCUGCAUUUGUGAGCUGUAAAACAGAUAAAAGGGAUUUGGUCUUUCAGACUGCCCCAUAAAUCACCACAUGCGAUUCCCAUACAAAGCAUUCAUUAACAUGCGAAAUCUCCAAAAUUAUUUCUCCCGUCCCAUCAUCCCAUGAAGCAAUGCUCAUAAUCGUGUUAAAAUUUAGCUGUCUACUGAUAGGAGACAUAGUCCAAUUUUGUUGUUUAUGCGUAGAUUGUUGUAUUUGAUUAUGAUCUAUUAUGGACAUUUCUGGAAUAUAGAAGAGAGUAAGUUAUCUUAAAUUUUGCACUCUCAACUCCUACUUUUGUGGCUAUUUAUCCGUAUGGACCACAUGUCGAAAUGAUUAAACUUAUAAAAACUACAAUGUGCAUGGAGGAAAUGAUGCACAAGAGAAUCUAUGCGUGUAGGAAAACAUGCGCAUGAUAGAUCUCUUCAAUUAAGUUUGCAGAUGCUAUUUUUUCACAAAUUCCUAUGUUUGUUUCCCUUAUUAUUUAGAUUAGCUCAAAAGAUAGUGUGAGACUUCAAGGCUCAGCUGUUAAUCUUCUGAUGGUGACUCUGUAGCCUGAAAGAUUGAUAAAAAUGGCUUAGUUCAUAGGCUGAUAUUUGAUGAAGUUCUGUGAUCUGUGUGUUUCAUAUUUUUAAUUUCCAAAACAUAAUGAAGCCGACAGAUCUUUGCCAAAGAUCAUAAUUUGCAUGUGAGCUUUCUGUUGUUUAGACAUGUGGGAAUUUCAAUGGAAGCAAUCCAAAUAUUGUAGCCAAAGAAGCAUAGUGCCUACAGAAACUGAUUAGAAGAAAUAUAAACAUAUAAGUUUGUGAUGUAUGAUAAAUUUCUGCAUGUUUCUUUGAGUUGGAAAGUUAUUGUCGAGUUUUUCAGUGAACGUGGAGUUUUGAGAGCGUGUAGUGGUCUUGUUCUGGUCUUCUUGGAAACUCACUUAGAAUUAGAGGAGACAACUGCAACAUUUUGAUACCAAUACACGUGUUAAUGUAUUGAUCCACUAGAUGAUAUGGUGGAAGAGUUCCAUGUUCCCUAAACUGUAUCAGUGAUGCAAUGUAUUGUAUUUUUUUUUUGACCCUAUUAGAAGCCAUUAAUGCCGGACACUAUAUUAUCGUGUAAUGGUUUUAUUUGGUGACAUCCAAGUGGUUUUAAUUGAGACUGUAUUUCGCACAACAGAAGCAGUACUCAGUUCAAGGAAAGCUUAAGAUUGCUUAUUCAAAAUGUUCUGCGUCGAAGUGGUUAGUUCAUUUUGUAGUAUAUAUGUUGUCAAAGUAUGACAUCCAGGGCAUAGAAAUAAGUCGGCAUCAAAUGGGACUGUUAUUAAGCUGUGCGUUCUGCUGCAGAUGUACUAAUGUGCACACACACAUUUGUCAUAAGAUGCUUAAGGCUUAUAUUUCUGACUGGUACAGGAUGUCAGAAACACCCUUCAGGCCGAGAGAAAAGCUCAUUGAGAAGCAGAAAUAUUUUCAGAGCAUCCACAAGCACACAUAUCUGAAAGGCCCUCUUGAUAAGGUGACUUCAGUUGCCAUACCUGCUGCCUUGGCAGCUACAUCGUUAUAUAUGAUUGCACGAGGGAUCUAUAAUUUGUCGCAUGGGAUUGGGAAGAAAGAAUGA